AUGAAGAAGUGCGAAGAAAAUAUCAAGUUCAUAAUUCCGAAACCGAUAACGCCCAUUAUCAAACCACCGAGAUAUCAUUCCAUUUUCACGGAAUCGGUGAAGAGACGGUUCAACUCAAUUAAAGACUGCCACCGGACAAUGGGUUAUGCUAAAGUUCAUCUCGACCCACCGUCGCAAUUUUUAAAAAAGAACACCAGAAAAGUGAUUAGACCGAGUGUCGGUAAGAUAAUAAUAUAUAUUUUGUAAUCGGUACCUAUCUCCUAUAUGCUAUUAUAUAUGAAAUAAGAUUAUUUUUUAUCAUGAACUGACAGUAUUGGCCUGGCCAUGACCACCAGGCCCCAAGAAAUAGUAUCGUCAUUUAACUAUACUGAUUGUUUUAGAUUCUGAGUAGAGCGAAGAAACUUAUGGUUUUACAAAGAUGUUUUUAUUUUUUUUUCUGUGAAUAACUUUUCUACCAAAGAACUUACUCCAAUUUUUACAUAUAGUACCCUUUCUGAAAGUAAAUCAGUAUGGAGAGGUACUUAAAAAGAUCUAUUAAAAGAUCAUUUUUCGAUUUUCUCUGGUGCUUUCUCAUCAAAUGCGAAAAACCGAAAAAAAAUUAAGGAAAACAGGAAAAUGUAUUCAGAUAAUAAAUAUAUUAAUUAUAUUAAUUAUUAAUUAAUAUUUAAAUUAGAGAAGAAAAACGUUGAACUAUUUAAAUAAAUAUAAAAGAAAUUAAACACGAGUAUUUAGUUAGCUAUUCAACUAUUCAAGAGAAAUAUUCGAAAGGGUUUGGUAGUGUGUACUUGUGUACGGGGUUCUCGGCAGAUUAAUCGUCUCGGAAUUUCUCGAGCGGUCAAAACUAUAAAAAAAAACGUUAUAUUUUUAUUGUUAGGUUAGAAGGCAUUUCGUAGAUCAUCCAUUAAUAAUAGUGUUAUAUUGAUUUGAAUUUUUGUAUAAAAAUUAAAAAGGGCAUUUAUUGUGGGAAUGUGAUGACUGCGAUACUAUCAAGGAACUUACAGAUAUCAUAUACAUCAACGGAGUUCCGUUAUGUUUAUUAAAUGAUUAAACGUUUAUUUUUUUUAAUAAAAUAUACCAAGUAUUCAGCCACAUUUGAAUCUUUUAGUCACAUUGUUAUAAAUAUAAAUAGUUCUAUUCAAAUUGUUUGAGCAUUACUUUACAAAUCCAUCUUCCACGUCUGGCUAUUCUUAACCCCUCUCUGUCAUAAAAGAAACUGUUAUAACACCAUUAUGUAAUAGGUAGUUUAUUGUAUGCUAUUUUAAAGUCUUAUUGUAAAUUGGAAUCAGUCUGUUUUGUUACUAAAUAAAUAGAUUACUGAUUUAUUUCGAAAGAAUAUUUAUGUUUGAAAUUAAGUAUGAACAGGAACACAAGUAAACAAUUUAAAGACUCGUAGAACUAUCUGAAUUAUACUUGGGACCAUUUUCCCCUUAAUUUUGACAUCAAACAAAAACAUAUAAUGACGCAUGAGUUAUGCGUAAAUAUGUAAUUUUAAUGAUUUCCAGAAAAAGUCAAAUGUGACAAAAGUUUACCAAGAAUUCCGAAGCAGGCACCUCCAAGUGAACCGAAACCGAAAAAAAAUAUUAUUGCCCAGAAUAUUAUUGACAUUUCGAGGGUAGCGCCGUCUUUAUCCAAGAAACAGAUCCAAGACACAAGAGACGGUCACGUUAUCGUUGUGAUACCAAAUUAUGUGGGCAGUAAGGUAUGUGAUUAAAACAAAUUUCUGGACCACAUAGAUAAUUGCGGAUCUUAUAUUGGCUUAACAUAAAAAUAUUCGUAAUGGGUAUGGUUAAUGAAAACAUACAUUAACAUUUAUAUAUAUAUUCUCUUAAUUAGCAAUUCUAUAGAGAAAUUGCAAAAUUGUGGAAAAUUAGUCGUUUUGCAAAAAGACUAAUUUUCUAUAUGACCUACGACAAUAGUUUUUUAACCUCACGAAAUCAGAAAUUAAUUUCUUUAGACACUAUAAUUAAAUAAUACUUAUAAGACAUUUUCUUAUAAUAUCCAAUAAUAACGUAAUAAUAAAUUUUACAUAGGUACCAAUAAAUUAUUAAAAAUAAUAUUAUGUUUACUGUGAAAAUUAGUGAAAUGUGUUUAGUUUUUUUAAUGGUUUGUUCUUUUGUUUUUAUGUGUGUUUAAGAAUUACGGAAAAACUCCUAAUUAUAUCAUUAAAAUUCACAAAGAAAAAGAGUUGGCCCGGAAAAAGGAAGAAGAAAGAAUACGACAGAUAAAGCCACCAUUGAGGCUUGUACCGAAAGAAGAACGCGAGGCAUUGAUAAAUGUGAGCUCGCCGCCCGGUUUCGGGUUUUAACGUGAAGUGUUUCUUUUUGAAAACACCGUUUAUGUAUUUUAUUUAACUGUUUUAGGGACUGAAGACCAACUGGGGAGAAUUGCACAAGGAGUUUUUGUUACUUCCGGUGUACACUGAUACGAUACAAAAAAUAAAAAGAAAGAAUAAUUUGGAUAAAGAGUUGAGGUCCUUAGAAAAGGAUAUUGAAAUGCUAGAGCGAAAUGUACCUUUAUAUGUCGAAAACUAA